AUGACAUCCAGAUAUAGAGUGGAGUACCAAUUGAAGUCGCAUCGUCGUGAUGAGCUUAUUGAAUGGAUCAAAGGUCUUCUAGCAGUACCAUUUGUUCUUCAUGCUGAUGCUGAGAACCACUUGCGAACCACUAAUGAGGCCAAUUUCCAAUCUACAGAUUCACUUUCAAGUUUACCACAGCGAUCUUUUGAUAAGCUAGAGGAUCAAGUGGCUAUGGAAUGUCAAAAGAGAUAUGCUGAAGUGUUUAGAGACGUUGAAAAGCUCAUUGACCGUACGAUCUACAUUGAUAAGUUGAAUGAAGGUCUUAUAGUCCAACAUCCAGAGUCCAGAUUACGUAAACUUGUUCCUAGCGUAGGUAAGUUCUUUACUUCCUUGCCAUUGGUGGAAGCUUUCUUGAUAGAAGAUGAGAGGCGGUUUAUUUCCAGAAGACGGUUGGUUUCACCUUCAUUCAAUGAUGUACGUAUUAUACUUAAUACAGCCCAAGUCUUGGCUUUGACCAAGAUUUAUGAUCUGGACAACCAUAAAGCCGACAGAUUGAAGUUGAUUACAUUUGAUGGAGAUGUGACACUUUAUGAAGAUGGUCAAAACUUAACUCCUGAUGCUCCAGUGGUUGAACGAUUGAUGAAGUUAUUGAAGCUCAAUAUGUUCAUUGCGGUUGUAACAGCUGCUGGGUACCCCGGAAAAAGUGGUGCUGAGAACUACUAUUACCGGUUGAAGGGUUUACUUGAUCGCAUCAAAGAGUCUGACGAAUUGACAGAUGUACAAAAGGAGAACUUCUUCGUGAUGGGUGGUGAAUCUAAUUACUUAUUCAGAUACAAUGUUCGCGCAGGGAAAUUGGUAUUCAUUGAAGCAGAUGAAUGGUAUCCACCUUUGAUGGCACUGUGGAGUAAGUUUAAAAUUAACUACAUUAUGGAUUCCACUUAUGAACAUUUAUUGUUAUUACAAAAACGAUUUGAUUUGGUAGAUAACACCACAAUUAUCAAAAAGGAACGUUCAGUAGGAAUUAUCCCUAAUAAGGGUUAUAAAAUUCUUCGUGAAGAACUUGAAGAAAUGGUUCUUUCAUGUUCCAACAAAUUGAAUGAUAUUCUCACCAAACUUUCUAGUGAUCUGUUCAGUAUUGAUACUGUUAGUGACCACCAAGAACGGUUUACUCGUCGGAACUCAUUGGUUGAACUUACACAGGAUGAGAAUAUUCGUGUCUGUGCCUUCAAUGGAGGUCAAGAUGUUUGGGUUGAUAUAGGUGAUAAAGCUCUUGGUGUUGAACUGUUACAGAAAUUCCUUUGUCGUGAAGAACUGCUACAGAGUUGUCCCAUUUUAAAAAGUGAAAGUUUACAUGUUGGUGAUCAAUUUGCCAGUGUUGGUGCUAAUGAUUAUAAGGCCCGUUUGAGUGCUUGUACUGCUUGGAUUGCAAGCCCCAGAGAAACAGUUGCUAUACUUGAUGAUCUUAUUGCGAGAAUGGAGGAUAUUGUAAACUAA